UUGACCCGCUUUUCAGGUUCUUACCUGUUGGCCGUUUGAGCGUCUCGCAUGCUCGCGCUCGGACGAGUCCAGAGCAGUAUGCGGAGAGCGCAAGGGAAACCUUGAUCUCCUCUUCCGGUUAGAUUGGGAAGCGUGCCCCUGAAGGCGACGGCGGGAUGGCGGCGGAACUAGGGCAACAGACGGUGGAGUUCUCCACCCUCGUCCGGCGAGCGGCAGAGGAGUCAUAUCUCUCUUUGAAGGAGCUCGUAGAUACUUACAAGUCUCCCCAGGAGCGAUCCGAUUCCGAGAAGAAGAUUGACCUCCUCAAGUUCAUUGUCAAGUCUCGCCAACGCAUGCUUCGCCUCCACGUCCUCUCGAAAUGGUGCCUACAGGUUUAUGAAAGCUGCCUGGCUACUCUGAAGAUUCCAAAAUCUAUAUUACAGGGUUCAGAUUUAUUAUUAAUGGGGUUUCCACAAUCUGGGAACUCCUAUUUUUUGUUGAUGCAGCUUGAUAAGGAUUUCAAACCUCUUUUUAAUUUGCUAGAGACUCAACCAGAAACUGAUGGGAAGUCAUUGUCAGUCGGUAACAUUAAUCUUGUUGUUCGCUUUAAUAAAAUUGACAUUAGUCAGAUGCAGAUGGUUGAUGAUGAUUUGAAUUUGAGCCUUCUAAACUGGCAGAAGAUAAGCUCCCUCCCAAACUUGGCUACUUUGAAUCAACUUUCUAAAGAUGUCCUUCCAAUGUUGGGGUUGGAGCAUGCUUUGCAAUUUCCUGACUCUACUCAACCAAGCUUUUCAUCUAUUGUUGAUGAAGUGUUUGAAUCUGACAAAGAUGCUUCAGGAACCCAUGUUGCGGGUCAAAAUUUUCCCUCUUCAUUUAAUGUGCCAUCCUUUUCACACUUGAGCUCUCUUUCUACUAAUAGUCAAGGAACAAUUGUUGGUGUUGUUGGUUCCCCAAAGUUGGAUGGUGGAAUCCAAAAUUCUCAAAUAAGCACCUUCAACAAAGUUUCUGCCAGUUUGAAUAACUCGUUUUAUCCAUCUAGUAAUGCGAAGGUUCAACUUAACAGUAGCAAUUCAGCUAUUUUCUCCUCAAGCUCAACAAGAAACACCCCUUUUCAAAAACUUUCAUCUUCAAAAUCUGAACAGGAUUUGAGCUCUCUCAAGCCUCUGUAUUCUAGUGACCUUGGUCAGUUUACUUCUUUGGAUGAGGAUCAAGCCAAAUUGAUAACCGGUUCUUCAGGUUCUGCAUUAGUUGUGAAUCGAGGAAGCCAGUUGAUGUCUCCACCCCAGGCAACUGUUUCUCGGGCCUCAGUACCUAUUAGCAAAAUAAAUGGUUCCAAAGGUUCAUCUUCUAACCAUUUAGCUGGAUAUUUGAGAAGUACUGAUUCAAGUUCAUUGAUUGCUGCCCCCUCUUGUCAAAAUUUAGAAUCUGGAACCUCACAGGCCUUAGGGCUAAGGGUUAUUUUUAAACAGGAAAGAACUGCUCAUAAAAGGUCCCUGUCUGACAUUUUAAACAUGAUACCAUCAUUCAAAGAGCUAGAGCAGGAUGGUCGUCCACGGAAGAGAAUGAAAACCUCAGAAUCCACUGAUUUACCCGAAUUGUCAGCUUUCCCAUCACGCAGAUCUGGCGUACACAUGUAUGGGAGUCUCCUUGCUGAGGCUACUCAUGGAAAUGCUCCUUCAAACAUAUAUGUGUCUGUCCUCCUCCAUGUUGUUAGACAUUGUUCACUGUGUAUUAAGCAUGCUAGACUAACAAGCCAAAUGGAAGCUCUUGAUAUUCCCUAUGUUGAAGAAGUUGGUCUACGAUCUUCAUCUUCAAACUUGUGGUUCCGAUUGCCAUUUGCUCAAGAUGGCUCAUGGCAUCAUAUUUGUUUACGUUUAGGCAAACCUGGAAGCAUGCAUUGGGAUGUUAAAAUAAAGGACCAACAUUUUCAGGAAUUAUGGGAACUUUAUAAGGGAAGUACUGGUACACCAUGGUACCCUGGUGUUCGUAUUGCUAAUGCAUCUGAUGUUGAUUCUCACAUCCAUUAUGAUCCUGAAGGAGUGGUUCUGUGUUAUAGAACAGUUGAAGCUGAUAGCAUUGCGAGGCUUGUUUCGGAUUUAAGAAGGCUAUCAAAUGCACGGUUAUUUGCUCGUGGAAUGAGGAGGCUAAUUGGGGCCAGAGCAGAUGGUAAAUUAGAUGAUUCCAAUGCAUGCUCUGACAAUAAGCUGCAAGUACAAAAAGCUGUUAAUGAGCCUGUUGACAAGUUAACCGAACAGAUGAGAAGAACAUUCAAGAUUGAGGCUGUUGGUCUUAUGAGUUUAUGGUUUAGCUAUGGUUCAAUGCCUGUAAUGGCACACUUUGUUGUUGAAUGGGAGUCUGGCAAGGAGGGCUGCACAAUGCAUGUUUCUCCAGACCAUCUAUGGCCACAUACAAAGUUCCUGGAGGACUUCAUCAAUGGCGGUGAUGUUGCAUCCUUCUUGGAUUGCAUCAGGUUAACUGCUGGACCCUUGCUGGCUCUAGCUGCUGCGAUACCUCCUGCUAGGAUGUCUGGUCCUGUAUCUACUGGUCCCUCUCCCGUUUGUAAACCUGGAAGCUAUGUCCCAUCACUGGGAUUUCUCCCUAAUUCAUCUAUGUCUAAUGUUGUUAUGCCUGUAUCUCCUGCAGCCUCAACAGGAACGUCUGUUUCAGCUCCUCUUAAUAGUCACAAUAUUCAAAAUGCAGCAACUCUGUCUGCUGCUGGAAGAUGUGUUUCAGGAAUUGUUCCCAGUUCACUGCUACCCAUUGAUGUCUCUGUGGUCUUGCGAGGCCCGUAUUGGAUUCGUAUAAUAUAUCGCAAGAGGUUUGCUGUUGAUAUGCGUUGCUUUGCUGGAGACCAGGUUUGGUUGCAGCCAGCAACACCACCAAAGGGAGGGCCUGCAUCGGGGGGUUCAUUGCCUUGCCCACAGUUUAGGCCUUUCAUCAUGGAGCAUGUUGCACAAGGUUUGAAUGCUUUGGAGCCUAAUUUUCCUGCUGGUGCACAUUCUGGCGGGCAUUUGAGCUCAAGCAAUACUGCACAAAAUUCUAUAGCUCAGCCUAUGGUACCUAAUGGAAAUCGUUCUGGUCCUGUUACUGGUGCUGGAAUGCCAAGACCUGUAGCUCUUAUUGGGAACCAGAUGUCUGGCAACUUGAGCCGCGCUAGCAAUAACAUGCUAACAACAUCUGGGAUGCCUUCAGGUAUAUCAGGGGUACCGAUGAGGAUAGCUCAAGGUACUGGCGUCCCUGUGCAUGUUAGAGGGGAACUGAAUACUGCUUUUAUUGGUCUUGGAGAUGAUGGAGGUUAUGGAGGUGGAUGGGUUCCCCUAGCAGCACUUAAAAAGGUUUUACGUGGUAUUCUUAAGUAUCUUGGCGUCUUGUGGUUAUUUGCACAGUUGCCUAAUCUUCUCAAAGAGAUAUUGGGUUCAAUCCUAAAGGAUAAUGAAGGGGCAUUGCUAAACCUGGACCAAGAGCAGCCAGCCUUGCGCUUCUUUGUUGGUGGGUAUGUAUUUGCUGUAAGUGUCCACAGGGUCCAGCUUCUUUUGCAAGUUCUGAGCGUGAAACGUUUCCACCAUCAACAACAACAGCAAACACAAACCAGCGCACAGGAGGAGCUUUCAUCAUCUGAGACUAAUGAGAUAUGCGACUACUUCAGCCGGCGCGUUGCUUCAGAGCCUUAUGAUGCCUCGAGGGUUGCAUCCUUCAUCACCCUCCUCACCCUCCCAAUUUCAGUCCUGCGUGAAUUUCUGAAACUGAUUGUUUGGAAGAAAGGUUUAUCUCAGGCACAUAGCGGAGACAUAGCUUCCACACAGAGAGCACGGAUCGAGUUAUGCUUGGAGAAUCACUUGGGGUCUUCUUAUAAUGAGAACUCAGAUGUCUCAUCUGUGUCAAAAAGCAACAUCCAUCAUGACCGUGCCCACAACUUCGUCGACUUUGCUCUCACUUUUGUCCUUGACCCCGCUCAUAUACCCCAUGUCAAUGCAGCUGGCGGAGCUGCUUGGCUUCCAUAUUGUGUCUCAGUGAGGCUAAAAUAUUCAUUUGGUGAGAAUCCCCAUAUAUCUUUCCUUAGAAUGGAUGGGAGCCAUGGAGGCAGAGCUUGCUGGUCUCGUGGGGAUGACUGGGAGAAAUGCAAGCAGAGGUUAGCGAGGGCCGUGGAUUAUGCCAAUGGGAGUUCUGUGGGAGAUAUUAGCCAGGGAAGAUUGAGGCUGGUCGCCGAGGCGCUUCAAAGAACGCUGCAGGCCUCGCUGCAACAGCUAAGAGAGGGCUCUCUUUCUUCUGCCGCUGCCAUGACAUAGAAGCUAGAGGUCUCGUCAAUGGCUGAAUUCAUUAGAGAUCUUGUACAGUGUAAAUUAACCAUCAUCAAAUGGUUUGUCAUCAGGAUGGAGAAGCAUCAUACAUUAGCAAGGACCCAUUUUUUCUAAAUGAAUUCAGAUCAAACAGGGAAAGAUGAAACCUGAAAGUCUACUGCAUGCAUCGGCUACGCCAUUGAGUGGUUCAGUUGUCAUCUGAAUUUUGAACCGGAAGAAUGAUUUGGUGUACAAAUGGUUGGAUGUGUGUGACGUAGGUAGCUGGGUCAGAUAAAUGAUAUUUGUUGUCCAGUCCUUGAAGAAUAAGUAGGGCAUUGUAGAAAAGUGGGUUGGUAGUAGUUGUUGUAAUAUAUGCCCUAGUGAAAGUUUUGGGGCUACUGCUCGAUUAUAUUUCAUUUGUAGGAACUCUAUAAACCUGGCUUCCAUCAUGCCUUUGGAAUCAUCUAAAGAAACACAGUUUUUUCUUCAUAUUGAGUGGAAGAUCUAUUUUCAAGUUCAUAUUUUGCUACCAUAUUUAUGUAUAGAAAUCAAUGUUUGUAGAUUCAUAAUGAAGCCAUUGUUUUUGUUUAUAUUACAUUUCA